CCGGAUCCGGUUUGGUUCAGUUUCCGGUAGCACCAUGCCGGCCCUGCAGCCUGAAGCAGCGGAGGCAGUUGCGGCUUUCGGCGGGAGGCUCGGCCGGGGGCAGCUACGCCGCUCCGGGGAUGUGGCGGCGGCCACCGCGGGGCUGCUGCGGCGGAUCGUGGCCCAAAGUCGGUGGAACAACGCAGGGGAGCUGCUGGACUUGAUCCGGAAGGAGAGCCGGAAGGUGAUCAUCGCCCAGCCCUUUGAGACUACUGUGGGGAACAUUAUCCGGCGGGUGAUGAAGAUCAUUCGUGAAGAGUACAGCCGGCUGCAGGGUCACAAUGAGGAGAUGGACCAGGAGUCUCUGCAUAGGCUGCUGAUGUCCGGCAGUCAGAAUGAGGAUUUGAGUGAGAGCUUUGCACCACUAAGAACCAAUGUCAUUGAGGCCAUUAACGAACUACUGGCAGAGCUCGAAGGGACAAUGGAUAACAUUACAAUGCAAGCCCUGGAGCACAUCCAUUCCAACGAGGUGAUCAUGACUCUGGGAAGAUCCCCAACUGUGGAAGCUUUCCUUAAAGAGGCUGCUCGAAAACGCAUCUUCCAUGUCAUUGUGGCCGAGUGUGCGCCCUACUGCCAGGGUCACGAAAUGUCUGUUGCGCUGUCUGCUGCUGGGAUCGAAACAACCGUCAUCACUGAUGCUGCUAUCUUCGCUGUCAUGUCACGUGUCAAUAAGGUCAUCAUUGGUACCAAAACCAUCCUCGCCAAUGGGGGCCUGCGGGCGGUGAAUGGCGCCCACACCCUGGCUCUGGCUGCCAGGCACUUUUCCACACCGGUCAUUGUCUGUGCUGCCAUGUACAAGCUGUGUCCACAGUUCCCUAACGAGGAGAACACGGUGCACAAGUUUGUUUCGCCGCAAGAGGUGCUCCCUUUCACUGAAGGUGAGAUUCUGUGCAAAGUGAGUGCACAUUGCCCCGUGUUCGAUUAUGUUCCUCCAGAACUCAUCACGCUCUUCAUCUCCAACAUUGGGGGGAACGCCCCCUCCUACAUAUACCGUCUAAUGAGGGAACUUUACAAUCCUGACGAUCACCAAAUAUAACUUAAUUAAACUUGCUGACGCCAACUGA